AUGGCCCACUUCCCGACAGACCAACCACGCCCCACCAUGCGCCGCAAAUCCUCUGCACAGAAUCUCCUCUCCUUCGGCAAGCAGGGCCCGUCCUCCAUACCCCCGCCCCUCAACCUCGCCGCAUCCGGCGCCUCCAACUCGACAACGCUCUCGUUUGGCUCAGCAAUCACGCCAACCGCAACAACACCGCUCAUCCGGGAUAAUUGGGACGCGCAAUCAUUGCACUCCGACAGCUUUGGACCGACAGGUGCCCUGGCUGGCGCUCAAAGUCCUCCGCUAGGGGAGGUGACAACCGUGCAAUCAAUGCGGGCUCUCAUGCAGAAGAGGAUCAUCACCCUCACCUACAUCCGAAAUAUCCACGAGGGACGAAGUCACUGGUUUCAUACACUCUUCAUCUCGCAUUCCGAACUACAAAAAGUAUUCAAUAAUACGGCGAUGAAGAAGCGGACAUAUCGAUUCGCCAUCCUAGCGCUCUCCCUAUCGACGCUACUGGACAUCAACCAACCCCAGGAUCUCCUUCGGGGUCUGCUGAAUGUUGUCUCGGAAUAUGAUCAGGCAAAGGAGGAAGGGGAUAACAAAUCUAAAAUGCUCAAAAAACUGACUAUAAACCGUAACGCGAAAAAGGGUGCAUCAGGGAAUACAGACUUCACUAGCUCAGAAACAGACGCAUCGUACCUCUUCGUGCCUCCAAUGGCUUUCCCACUAGACUACCACCAAACCCUCCUCUCCCUCCUCGACGUCGUCUCCGAAGUCUACAACAAAAUAUCCAAACUUCUCGGCCCCUCUCCCUUCCCACAACAUCCACAAUACGUAGGCACCUUCGGCCCUCUUUCCCCAUACCCCGGCGUGUCCUACCUCUUCACACACGAGAACCAACUCCCAAACGCAGCUGGAGGGCCGAAUUCACAGUACCCCAACCAUAAUAACCCGGGACAAAAUCCGAUGUAUCACGGCGGGCACUCAAACCAGAGCCUGCACCACCAGUCGUCGAUGGGCAACCUACAUCCGAACGAUGCGAGUGGCUCGCUAUGGUCGAUCGCGAAUGGGAGUCCGGGCCAGUCGGGGGUGUGGGGCGUUGGCGGGUCGAGUCCCCCGGUCGUGCAGUGGACGGCGAGCCUCGGUGAGAUGGUGGCCAAAAUUGACUCGAAGCUGAAGAAAAUCACCACUGCCCUCCUGAAAGACCUCGACACGUUCGCGCGGAACGGGAUCAAGGACGAGCUGGCCUCUCUCGAUCCGCUCCUGCGCAACCUCGGCGGCCAGGACGACCCCUCGCGACCGGGGUACGACUUUGACGGGAUGUGA